AUGGCGCCGCACACUAAACUUAGUGCGUGGGCGCUCUUCAGCGCCUGUGCCUGUUCUCGCAAUCAAGGUCACGACCGACCUCGUUUGGCGCAGACCCUCAUCUUCCGAAGUGCAACGACCACCGAUCGAGCGGAUGCCCACAUCUCUCAGCCCAUGUGUUCCACACCCAACGGCGCGGCUGAGCGUCGCGAAGACGAUGCCCCGCCCUCCACCACCAAACCCGUCGUUAUCGACGCUGGCUUGAGGAGUCAAGACCACUACAAAAAGGCUAUGCCCCAUGGCGAUACAACCUCCGACAACGAGAGGGCCCGCACGCCUGCUCUCGACAGCUACUUCGCCAUCACGGCCAACCUCGGCACCCAUACCUUUUUCAUGAUCGGCCUGCCAAUGCUGUUCUGGUAUGGCUAUGCCUCGUUCGGCAAGGGUCUCGUCCAUAUCCUCGCUGAGGGCGUCUUCUUCACCGGUUUCAUCAAGGACUUGUGCUCUCUGCCACGACCCCUUUCGCCGCCCCUCCACCGAAUCACCAUGUCCGGCUCAGCAGCGCUCGAGUACGGCUUUCCCUCCACGCAUAGCACCAACGCCGUGUCGGUGGCUCUCUACGCCAUUCUUGUUCUGCGCAGCCCGGAGACGGAGUAUUCCGCGACCACCAAGCUCGUGCUCGAAGGUCUCUCCUACUUCUACGCCAUCUCCAUCGUUGUUGGCCGCCUGUACUGUGGCAUGCACGGGUUCCUCGACGUCGUGGUCGGUUCUGUCAUUGGCGCCCUGAUUGCCCUGGGCCGAGUUCUACUACGGGCCCGCUCUCGACGCCUACAUGCACUCCAGUUCGUGGGUCGCUGUCCUCAUCGCUGCCCUCGUCGUCAUUGUCCUCGUGCGCAUUCACCGGAGCCAGUGGACGACUGCCCCUGCUUCGAUGACAGCGUCGCUUUUGCAGGCGUCAUGAUUGGUCUCGAAUAUGCUACGUGGAACUACGGCCGGACCCCUUACGACCCUUUCGACACGAAUGCCCACAACUUCCAGUCCAUCAACUUGGGGCCUCUCGGCGUACCGGUGCUUGUCGCUCGUCUCUUCUUUGGCGUCUUCGUCAUUUUCGCCUGGCGCGAGAUGAUGAAGCCCACCCUGUUACGCGCUCUGCCGCAUCUCUUCCGCCUGAUCGAGCGUGCUGGUUACUCUCUGCCUCGCCGCUUCUUCACCCCAGCCUCCGAAUACAAGUCGAUUCCUGCAGGUUCGCGAAUGGACAACCUCAUCCCCUCUGUGCGCGAAAUCGUCCGCGUCGCCUACCGCGAGCGUAGGCGUAGGGAGAGCAUUGGAAGCAAUGGUAGCACCAAGGGCAAAGAGGCACUGGCUGGUGUCCAGGAGAACAGUGACGACCGUGAUGGCCGCGGCGCGGCAUCCGGUGUCCAUGGCGGCAUUGGCGAAUAUGAGAAGCAGAUGGGCUCUUUCGUCUCCAGCCCGAUUGAAGAGUCGAGGGCCACGGACUUUCCCUCUCCCGAACAGGAUGAAGCUGAGGAGAAGGAGAUGUUCUCCCGCCUGACGAGGCCGAGAGUGCGGUACGACGUCGAGGUUGUGACAAAGCUCGUCGUGUAUGCUGGGAUUGCCUGGCUCGGCGUGGGCAUGAUCCCCAUCAUGUUCGAGUUUGUCGGCUUAGGAUCCAGUCACCUCCGCAUCGCAGCAUGA